GGUGGCAGGAAAAAAAAAUCGUUUCAUACCAUCCUCAAUUUGUCUAAAAGCUGAUGGGAUUUUGUUGCAAGUAAAUUAAUUAUCUCAAAAGUAUGGGGAAAAUUGAAGAUCGACGCUCAAAACGGUCAAAACGUCAGAAGCCAGCAAGAUUUGCUUCUCCCACAGAGUCAUCUUUGGAAAGUCUUGCACUCAACAUCGAGCCAACGCCAGCCCCGUGUCAAGAGAUUCCAAAAUCUUUGGCGCUGGUGGAACAUUCUGUAAAUAGAGAGGCCCAGACUCGCAAUGUGAAUAUCCUUGAAUUUGUAAACAUCCGCACAAGACCUGCGUGCACAAAAAAAUCAGCUCAGGCCUCCACAUCGCCCAACAAUGCAAUGAAAAAGAUAAAACGGCGACGAAACAGCGAUACUUCUAGCGAUGAAGAACGGUGGCUUAAUGCCAUUGAAACUGGAAAGCUAGACGAUGUCGACGAAGAGUUAAAAAAGAUUAAAGACCCCAAAUUAAUGACGGCUCGUCAACGAGCUAUGUAUGAACGGACACAAGAUGCUGAUAGUAAUAUGAUUGGAUUUGUCGAAGAACUAAUUGCACUACCCAGUGGAUAUAAGGAAAAGGAAAAACCUCAAACCGCGGAAGAAAUCCAAAAAGCAGCUCUAAAGUCGCAAAAACGUAAGCAGCAGGCGGACGAGCGGCGAGAAAAAGAUAAACAAAAAACCAUGGAUCGCUUGCUAAAAAAACAGGAGAGCAGUAAACACCGCUCUGGCGUUCGCAACAAACAAGCACAAAAGCCUUCAUACCCACAACUUACAUAUAUUAAUACUAUUGAAGGUGCCUACAUCUUGGUACCUCCAGGUCAUCAGUUUCCCAUGGAAGCGAAAGUUUCGCGCCCUCCGCCACCACCUCAGUUUUGUUGCAUUAGUGACUGCGUAAAUCGUAAGACAUAUUCCUGCUCCAAAACUAAUGUUCCUCUAUGUAGUCUAGUUUGCUACCGUAAGCAUCGAACAGCUGAAAAUUUACAAAAAAAUGCAAAACGUAUAGUUUAAAUGUUUUUAUACACUUUUUUUAUUGAUUCAAUAAAAAGUUAUUUAUGA